UUGUUUCUUGCCAUCGGCCUAUGUCCAUUGUUCUUCACUAGUGGAGAGUUGAGGGAAUAUUUCCUUUACGGUAUCACCAACGGUCCAUUCGCUUGCCACAUAAAUGGCACACAAGUAUUUUUGGACGACUUGAAUUUUGCUAACUUGAGCAGUGAAGCGGAGAUGCAGGAGGCCGACAACUAUAUGAAACGCCUUGAAGACUGCGAACGUCAAGUAAUACAAUUAAUUCCCAUAAUCAAUUAUGACCUAGAAUUGAAACUGAACGAAAUGCUAACUGCACAAUCGAGCUGUCGUUUUGUGAAGAGUCCCAACACUUGA